AUGGCUGUUGAGACAACAACUGAACUAAAUACCAACUAUACUGAGAUAAACGAGAAUACUAGAAUGGAAACAGCAACCUCUGAAUUAGAGCUUGAGAAUAAUAACCCAAACUUCAACCAGUCUUCAGAGACUUUUCAAAAUAAAAAUAAGGUCUGCAGCAACCAAGAGAAUAUGGUCAUUGACCCUCUAGCAACAUUGUACAACAAUGCAGAAAUAUCAGAAAAUGGUACUCAAUUAGAGGAAACUGAUGAAGGAAGCAAAACACAAUCAGGUUCUGGAUCAGCCUCAAAGGCUUACAGACCUUAUUAA